AUGCAAGUCUAUCGUGAGGACGAACUUCCUGAAUACACACCACUGCCAUGGUCAUUGGGACAAAUCCGAGCAGCGAUACCAUCGCACCUGUGGGAGCGGAAGACCUAUAGAGGGCUUUACUACCUCGCGCGCGACAUCUUCAUGGCAACAGCGGCUUGGAAAGGUAUUCUGUGGGCAGAGUCCGUAUUGACAAGGCCAUGUGUUGUGCAUAUCCUUGGAUCAUCCGUUUCAAAGCUUGCGCUGUACUGUGUCUGGCUGAUAUACUGGUGGUUUCAAAGUCUCAUCUUUGCCGGCAUCUGGGGCAUCGGACACGAGUGCGGACAUGGCGCAUUCUCUCCUAACAGGCAGAUAUGUGACAUCGUCGGAUUCAUCGUACACACGACUCUCUGGACACCUUACUUUAGCUGGAAGUACUCUCAUCGCCGCCAUCACAUGAAUCAUGCUUCCAUGGAAUGCGACGAAGUUUAUAUUCCGAAGACAAGAAGUGACUUGGGGAUCCCUAAGGAUAUCCGUGAAAGCGACUACGAAGACUACCUGGGGGAUAUCCCGAUUUACACCUUAUGCAUACUACUGCGUCAGCAACUUCUUGCGUUUCCUGCCUAUUUUCUUCUCAACGUGUCGGGGCGCAAAGACUAUCCACGUUGGACCAACCAUUAUAAUCCAAACUCCGCACUGUUUUACAAACAUCAAUACUAUAAUAUUGUUGUAUCGGACCUUGGUAUUUUGGUUAUGACAAUAAUAGUAUUCCAUGCAGGAGAGACCUGGGGCGCUGCCAAAGUGAUGAAAUUGUAUGGAGCCCCAUGGCUCCUAGUGACCCAUUGGUUUAUCAUGAUUACAUACCUUCAUCAUACCGACAUCAAUAUCCCGCAUUAUCGUGACGGCCAAUGGAAUUUUCAACGGGGGGCUGCAUCCACAAUCGAUCGUGAUUUCCUUGGAUGGCAAGGACGCUUCUUUCUGCAUGACAUCGCGCACUACCAUGUCGUCCACCAUUUUCCCCCAACGAUUCCCUUCUGCGAGUUGACCCAUCAUUGCGCCGAAGCGACAAAAUAUCUCCGGGCGUAUAUCGGGUCAUACUACCGACGCUCAAAGAAACCCGUGUUCCGUGCACUGUGGGACACAUACAAUGAAUGUCAGUUUGUAGAUGAUGAAGGAGAUAUUGUAUUUUAUCGGGACCGUGAGGGACGUGCGAGCAUGCGUCCCGUAGCCAUUGCCGCCCAUUGUGCAGAUGCAAAUAGCGCUGAUGGAUGGGAGAGGUCGUCGAAGGGCAUUAGCGAACAUGAAGGAGGCAGGUUCUGCCAUGUACCGUAG